ACUCACUAUGAGGGGGAACUUUGUUACUAUGAAACUUAGGAAUAUUUGCAAAAUAUUGUAAAAAUUAUCAAAAUCCCUCGUAAAUCAAUAACCUGCCCCUAGGGUGUGAGGUUUUUAGUUUAGUUUGCCCGGAAAGGGCUUCUACACUCACUAUUCUUACACUUUUUUGAAAGAAUGUGUGAGACAGACAGUUAGCCAGCUAGCUAGCUAGCUGAGAGGUGAUACAGGCGGUAGGAGAACAAAAGAUUUUUUUGCGUUUUGACCGGUUGUACUGACACCAAGUCCAUGCAGAACGUGUCAUUACCAUCACAAUGCCCGUUUUACUUUUUCUGAUAGACACGUCCGCUUCAAUGAACCAGCGCACCCAUCUGGGCACUACCUAUCUGGACAUAGCAAAAGGCGCUGUUGAGACUUUUAUGAAGCUCAGAGGGAGAGAUCCGGCGAGCCGAGGGGACCGGUAUAUGUUGGUAAAUUUUGAAGACGUUCCGUACGGGAUAAAGGCGGGGUGGAAAGAGAGCCAUGCCACAUUCAUGACAGAGCUGAGGAACCUCCAAGCAACGGGACUCACAACUAUUGGCCAGUCCUUGAGGACCGCUUUUGAUUUACUCAAUCUCAAUAGAUUAGUGACUGGGAUAGACAACUAUGGACAGGGAAGGAACCCUUUUUUCCUGGAACCCGCCAUCAUUAUAGCUAUCAGCGACGGCAGCAAGUUGACCAGCAGCAGUGGAGUCCAGGAUGAGCUCCAUCUGCCUCUGACCACCCCGCUGCCGGGUAGCGAGCUGACCAAGGAGCCCUUCCGCUGGGACCAGCGUCUGUUCGCUCUGGUGCUGCGUAUCCCCGGCAACGCUUCGGUUGAGCCCGAACCCCUCGGUGGCGUCCCGCCAGACGAUUCUCCCAUCACCCCCAUGUGUGAGGUCACUGGAGGUCGUUCCUACAGUGUGUUCUCUCAGCGUAUGUUGAAUCAGUGUCUUGAGUCUCUAGUGCAGAAAAUCCAGAGCGGCGUGGUGAUAAAUUUCGAGAAAACAGGACCUGACCCUCCUCCUUUAGAAGAUGCUCCACCUGAGGCACUGAAGUCUGGUCCACAGCCAUGGCAUUGCUGUCACAAGCUGAUCUAUGUACGACCCAAUCCUAAAACGGGUGUCCCAAUCGGUCACUGGCCCAUCCCCGAGGCCUUCUGGCCGGACCAGAACUCCCCCACACUGCCCCCCCGCUCAGCCCACCCCCACGUCCGGUUCUCCUGUGUGGACGCUGAGCCAAUGGUGAUUGACAAGGUUCCCUUUGACAAAUACGAGCUGGAACCCUCGCCUCUUACUCAGUACAUACUGGAGAGGAAGUCCCCGCACACCUGCUGGCAGGUGUUUGUAUGUAACAGUGCCAAGUACAGUGACCUGGGCCAACCCUUUGGCUACCUAAAAGCCAGCACAGCUCUGAACUGUGUUAACCUGUUUGUGAUGCCCUACAACUACCCCGUGCUCCUGCCACUUCUGGAUGACUUGAUCAAAGUGCACAAGUUCAAGCCAACAAUCAAAUGGAGGCAGUCUUUUGAGAACUAUCUGAAGACCAUGCCUCCAUAUUACAUUGGGUCCUUAAGGAAGGCUUUGAGAAUCAUGGGAGCACCAAAUCUGCUUGCAGACAACAUGGAGUAUGGUCUGAGCUACAGUGUGGUCUCCUAUCUGAAGAAACUCAGCCAACAGACAAAAAUUGAGUACGACCGCCUGAUCGCCUCGAUUGGUAAGAAGCCACCUCCAGAAGCUGGUAUGAAGGUUCGAUGGCGGGGAGGAGGAAUAUCACUGGCCCAACGGAGGGAUUUCAUCCAGCAGUUGCACAGUUUGUCAGGAGAUGCUCCUCCUCUGCCCAUGGAGCUCAACCCCAAAGAGUUUCAGGGCUUUCAGCUGGCUCUGCUCAACAAGGGCCUGAAGCCACAGAGCUUCAGGAAUCCUUACGACAUCCCCCGCAGCCAUCUGCUGGACCAGCUCAGCCGAAUGAGGAGAAACCUUCUCAACACCAGCGUCUGUACUCUCAGAGGGCAGGACUCAGACCAGCUCCACAGCGUGCCAAUAGCCCAGAUGGGCAACUACCAAGACUUCCUUAAAGCUGCUCCUCAGCCUCUUCGAGACGCUGAUCCUGAACAACCCAAACGUCUGCACACAUUUGGAAACCCCUUCAAAUUAGACAAGAAGGGUAUGAUGAUCGACGAGGCGGAUGAGUUUGUAACCGGCCCUCAGAACAAGGGAAAGAGACCCGGAGAUAGCAACAACAUGUCGGGUGGAGGGCCGAAGAGACGACGUUGCAUGUCGCCUCUGCUGCGCCUGGGCAGAGCUUACACCCCACCAGUAACACCGCCUGCCAGCCCUCGAUCAGACAUGGACAUGAGUGAUGGAACACCUGAACCAGACCUGAUAAUAAACCACCUGAAUCAGAACCACUACAUCUCAGACUCAGAGUCAGAUGACUCCUCGGGGCCUGCAGACCACCAGGAGAACCACACAUCAGCGGACCCCCAGGACCUGCGGCACAGAGAUGAGGAGGAGAACGGGCGGCUUCAGGUGGGCGAGCUCCUUCCAGGGAGUGAGGGAGGAGCAGACAUGGUGCUGCUGGACGAGCAGCCGCCUCGAUACCUGUCACCUACAGCUCUGAAGAAGCACAUUCACACCGAGACAACGAAGGUCAACAACGAGCUGAGGGCACUCAUCACCAAGGAGAUCCGAAAACCUGGCAGGCACUAUGAGAAGAUCUUCUUCCUCCUGAAGCAGAUCCAGGGCACUUUGGACACCCGACUCAUCUUCCUUCAAAAUAUUAUCAAAGAGGCGGCCAGGUUUAAGAAGCGUGUUCUCAUCGAACAACUGGAAAACUUCUUGGAAGAAAUUCACAGCAGAUCCAUUAACCUGAACCAUGUGGACACGCUCUGAGACUGGCUCAUUCCUGAACUGAAUAGAACUGAACUUAAACCCGACAACUCUCCACAACCUUCAAAAUGCCCUGUUCCUCCUUUACCGGGACCCACACGGAGACAAGACGUGACAAGACGGCAUCCAGCCCUUAAACUAUCGGUUCAUGAAAAGACUCUGUGCUUUAUCUCGACAUUUCUGAUGUUCUGAUUGGUUUGCACACGGUAUGAACGGGAGGAUGUAAGAAAAGUGCAGGUAAAGUGUUAGAUGUUUGUGAGGCAUUCUCCUUCGUUUUCUUCCUCUAAGGUUGCCAGAAUGAUAAACUUUGAUACAACUCGGGUAAAAAUCAGAUUAUAUCAAUUCUCUAUUUGAUACGGCAACUGGGUAGACGGUUUUGGGAGAUUUCUUGUUUUUAAUCAACAAAAAUGGCAGACAUGCUCCUGUCUUAUUUGCACAAAUAUUUUAACAACAAUUGUUCUUUCUUUUUUUUUCCUACAACAGUUGUUGGCUAAAAUAUGAAUGAAGGUCUUAAGUUUUCUUAACACUUUGGUACUGAUAAAAUGGAGCAUACACUUGCUAUUGAAGUGUAUCAAACUUUGAAAACCUUAGCUCCCUUGUCUGGAUAGAUUUUCUAAUUAGCAGAGGAAACGAAGGGGAGUGUGGCACUGUUUCUGGAUGUUUUGCUGAGUCACGCUUGGUUGUGUUCAUCUGACACCGUAGAUUUUAGGAGAAGGUUCAGGUUGUGUGUUUUUCCGCCAACUCAGGGUCAAACAGGAUCCAACGGAAACUCUCAUCGAAUGCUUUUGUUCCCCUUUUCCUCAUUUUUGUUCCAUGUUCCUUGCGUUUUGUUCUGUUGGAGGAUAAGAGUGUGUCGUUCUGUUUGAAAUUUACUUUCUACACUCCACUAACUGAAGCACUCCGACGCUGUGCUCUUAAAUUUUGACUUUUAGCUCAAGUGUUGAAUUUGUCGACUUGUGGUUAACCUACCAAACUGAUGAUUAAUGUAAGAGAAGUACUUAAGAAUUUAUAAAGCAUUACUUCCCUUUUGGGACACAAGCUGAUCCACAGCUUUCUUUGCACCUGGAGAAGGUAAAGAUUUUCAAAGCAAUGAUUACCAUUUGAAUGAUGCAAUAUCAUUGGUUACAGAUGUUUAAAUACAGGGAGAUAAAGCUCAGGAACUCACACCAAUGCAUCAUCAUCAGCAAUAACAUCAGAGACACUUUUUAUUUCCAUUUUUAUCCUAAACUUUGGUUGUAAAAGCUGAAAUCAGACUGGAAAUGUCUCCUGGAUAGUUGACGAAGCGAGGUCUUGGAUGCCAGCUUGUCCCAACGUGCUGGUUGCUGCCAAAUAACUCGACCCACCCCCUAAACAGCCCCCUCCACCUCCCCCUCCUCCUCCUUCGCCAUGAAUCUCAAACCAGCUUCUUAACCAUGAAUGCACUUGUGUACAUUUGAGAAUGUUUAUUUAAAGUAAUUUGAAGGAAAAGCUAGCUUUUGUUGCAGAUGUUUCCUCUGCUAACGAUCUCUUUUUAUGAUUGGACUCAUUCAGUUUUCUCAAAUCUACACAAAAAAAUCCGAAUUAAAGGUCUAAGAGGUCGAGAGUUGUUUUGGGAUUCAGAGGGCAGCCCUCUUCUGUUCCCUCCCUCCUUGGAUAGGGACCAAAAUCUGCCAUAACUUGUCUUUGUUUGUGAAGAGGCCGCUACCAAAAGAGUAUUUUGAAUACACUGUAAAGAUGUAAAUAACCCUAGAGUACUAUUUAAAGAGAAUGUUCAGUGGAAAAAUGGCCUUUUUGUAAGUAUUUCCAUGAAUAAAGUUUCUAUUUUACACUGUGAAGGGCCAUGUAAAUAAAGUGUUCUGUAAA